AUGAAGAAGAAGAGAGUGGCACGAAAGCCAGUUUUCCAAACGCCUGAUCGAGGUUCGAAAGUUGCUUCUCACGAAGGAGAAGAUGUAGAGGAAGUUGCUAGUUCUUCAGCUGGAUUGGAUCUAAUUGCAGAAGUGGCGAAUUCAGGGGAAAUCAGUCAGACUAAUAGCAGUCGUGAGCGUCCGUCUGGUUCGAAGGUUGAUACGAAUAUUCAGCACAGCUCGAGCUGGGCUAAGGAGGUGGAGUCGAAACCUGAAUCUGAGGUAGGCCAGGGUCAUUACCAAGAAUCAGCAAAGACUCAUUGGAAAUCCUUUUCUAAGGAGAAUAUGUUCAUGCGUGAUCCAAUGCUCUCCUAUUCUGAACCUCUGAUCAAGGAUGGGAUGAAGAUAGCUCAAGUGGAUCCAGAGGAGGUGGUGAUGCAAGCUGCUAACUGGAGUUGGGCUGUUAUCUGCAUGGUUUUGGGAGCAAAUCCUCCUAUGGCUAUGUUUGAGGGUUUCAUCAAGCGAAUUUGGGGACACCUUGGGAUUGCUCAAGUGGCUAGAAUGACAAUGGGUUUGAUUAUGGUUAGAUUCAAUGAUGAUGCUACUAGAGAUCAGGUUCUAGAGCCAGGGGUGCUUAAAUUUGAUCGAAAGCCUGUCAUCAUCAAGCCUUCGACUACAGAUCUGAACACUCUUAAACUUGUACAAUCUGUGCCCUUAUGGAUCCAUUUACACGACUUAGGUCUUCAGUACUGGGGGAACAAGAGCUUAAGUGCCUUAGUUAGUACUGUUGGGAAACCAAUCAUGGUGGACCAACAUACUAGAUAUCGUACUAGAAUUCAAUUCGCUAGGGUCUUGGUUGAGAUGGACAUUACGGACUCUCUUCCUCGUAUUAUCCAAUUUCUAAAUGAACAUGGACAACUAGUGGAGCAGGGCAUCGAUUACGAAUGGCUUCCUGUGAAGUUGGAAAAGAUCAGUCAAGAAGUGCCUCUGAAUAACAAAGCUAAUGAUCUACCUACCCAAGAUAAAGAAUGGCUUAUUCCUAAAAGAACAGUGCAAUCAAAAGGGCAGGGAUCUCAUGAUUAUGAUAAACCAGGUUCAGCUAGACAGGCAGGGAGGCUAACUGGGAAUGCGUUUAGCAUUUUGCAGGAAUCAGGAACUAGUUUGGAGAAGGGUCUAGUGCCAAUUGAGGCAAAGGGAUCAGGAGUUGGAGCUUUGCUCGAAACUAAGUUGAAGGAUAAAAAGAUUAACGAGAUGAUGAUGAAUAAAUUCAGUAGUUGGGAUUUCUAUAAUAGCCCAACCAUUGAAGGUCAGGAAGAAGCUUUUUGUGUUACGUUUGUUUAUCGUUUAAACACCAUUGAUGAGAGGAAAAGCUUAUGGGUGGAUCUUUUGAGUCUUAGGUUUCCUGUGAAGCCUUGGCUGCUGCUUGGAGACUUCAAUGCAGUGUUCAAUUGUGAAGACAGAUCUGGUGGGAUUCCUAUAUCUAUAAAGGACUUGAAUGAUUCUACUUUAUGGCAAGCUCAGGCUCAUGUGGAAGCUCUUAAAAGAUCAGGCUCAUUUUUCACUUGUUCUAACAACCAAGAAGGCGCUAGUAGAAUUUAUUCUAGAAUAGACCAUGCGUUUGUUAACGAGGAAUGGCAUGAUAUUUUUCCUAACACUACUGCCCAUUUUGCUUGGGAAACUAUAUCUGAUCAUUGCUCGUGUGUGGUUGCUGCUACUAUAUCUGAGAAGAUUGGGUUUAAGCCAUUUCGAUAUUUUAAUUUUUGGGCAGAACACCAGGAAUUGAAGGAGAUAGUUUCUGCUCGCUGGGAGAAGCCUUUGGCUGUUAGGGGUUUGAAAGGUAUCUAUUAUAAACUCAUGAGGUUAAAACAUAUCCUUAAGAAGUUUAAUAAGGCUACUAUUGGAGAUGUGGGGACAGCUUUUUCUGAAGCUAGAACUAACUUCAUUGAUGCUAGACAGAAGGUGGAGAACAGGAUAGCAACUUUUAUUACUGACCAAGGUGCUGUUAAUGAUAAUUUUACUGAAGUUGUUGAUCAUUUUCUAUACCACUUUCGUGGUUAUAUGGGGAGCAGAAGCACAACUACUAUGAGGCUGAAUAUUGAGUGUAUGGAAAAGGGUGCUAGACUCAACCUGGAGCAGCAACUUACUGUUCUGAAACCUUUCUCAAACAAGGAAAUUAAGAGAGUUCUUUUCAGUAUUCCUGAUGAGAAAUCCCCCGGGCCUGAUGGGUAUGGUUCAGGCUUUUUCAAAACAAUGUGGCCAGUUUUAGGAGCUUAA